AUGGCUGGGACUGGGGCCUGGAGGGACAAGGAGAUCAUUGAUCUGGGACAUUUGCCGGAUCCAACUGGAAUAUUCUCACUGGAUAAAACCAUUGGUCUUGGUACUUAUGGCAGAAUCUAUUUGGGCCUCCAUGAAAAGACUGGUGCAUUUACAGCUGUUAAAGUGAUGAGUGCUCGUAAGACCCCUUUACCUGAAAUAGGAAGACGAGUGAGAGUGAAUAAAUAUCAAAAGUCUGUUGGGUGGAGAUACAGCGAUGAGGAAGAGGAUCUCAGAACCGAACUCAACCUUUUGAAGAAGUACUCUUUUCACAAAAAUAUUGUUUCCUUCUAUGGUGCAUUUUUCAAGCUGAGUCCCCCUGGUCAGAGACACCAACUUUGGAUGGUAAUGGAGUUAUGUGCAGCAGGCUCAGUCACUGAUGUAGUAAGGAUGACCAGAAAUCAGAGUUUAAAAGAAGAUUGGAUUGCUUAUAUCUGCCGAGAAAUUCUUCAGGGUUUAGCUCAUCUUCAUGCACACCAAGUAAUUCACCGGGACAUUAAAGGUCAGAAUGUGCUACUGACUCAUAACGCUGAAGUAAAACUGGUGGAUUUUGGAGUAAGUGCCCAGGUGAGCAGAACAAAUGGGAGGAGAAAUAGCUUCAUUGGGACACCAUACUGGAUGGCACCUGAAGUGAUAAACUGUGAUGAGGACCCAAGACGCUCUUAUGAUUACAGAAGUGAUGUGUGGUCCAUGGGAAUCACUGCUAUUGAAAUGGCUGAAGGGGCUCCUCCCCUGUGCAAUCUUCAGCCCUUGGAAGCCCUCUUCGUUAUUUUGCGGGAAUCUGCUCCUACAGUCAAAUCCAGUGGAUGGUCUCGCAAGUUUCACAAUUUCAUGGAAAAGUGCAUGAUAAAAAAUUUCCUAUUUCGUCCCACUUCUGUGAACAUGCUUCAUCACCCAUUUGUUCAAAAUAUAAAACAUGAAGGACACGUUGUUGAGUCAUUAAAGAAGCAUCUUACUGGAAUCAUUAAAACAAGACAGAAAAAAGGGAUACCUCUGAUCUUUGAAAGAGAAGAAGCUAUUAAAGAACAGUACAACAUGAGAAGAUUCAGAGGACCUUCUUGUACUCAUGAGCUUCUGAGAUUGCCAACCAGCAGCACAUGUAGACCACUUAGAGUCCUGCAUGGAGAAUCCUCUCAGCCACGUUGGUUACCUGAUCAAGUAGAGCCACAGGUCCAGGCACUUCAGCAACUACAGGGAGCAGCCCGGGUAUUCAUGCCAGUACAGUCUCAAGACAAUGCAUCUAGGCUUCUACCAGGGCAGGCUCAGGCACCUCAGCGACUACAAGGGGCAGCUCGAGUGUUCAUGCCACUACAAGCUCAGGUUAAGGCUAAGGAAUCUAGGCCUCUACAGAUGCAGGUAAAGGCACCCCCACGAUUACGGAGGGCAGCCCAGGUGCUCAAGCCACUACAGGCUCAGGUUAAGGCAUAUAGACCUCUACAGGUACAGGUCAAGGUAACCAUAAAACAGCAUGCUCAGACUCAGGCCCAGGUAUCAGAACAGCCACAGGAUCUGGAUCAAGUACCAGAGGAGUUUCAGGGGCAAGGUCAGAUAUCUGAACAACAACAAAGGCAAGAGCAGGCCCCUGAACAGCAACAAGAACAGAACCAGGGCCCAGAAGAGCAGCUGGAGCAGAACCAGGUACCUGAACAGCCAGAGGUACAGGAACAGGCUGCUGAGCCUGUACAGGCAGAGCCUGAGACAGAGGAACCUGAGGUAUUGCGAGUACACGCCCAAGUGUUCCUGCCACUACUGUCGCAGAACCACCACGUGCUGUUGCCACUACAUUUGGAUACUCAGGUGCUCAUUCCAAUAGAGGGGCAAACUGAAGGGACACCUCAGGCACAGGCCUGGGCACUAAAUCCCCUGCUUGCAGUCAAUUCAGUUCAAGAACUGAUAGAAGGACUAUCAAGAAACUUGCUUCGAGCACCAAAUUCACAUAACUCAAAGCCACUUGGUCCACUGCAAGCUCUGAUGGAAAAUCUCUCAUCAAACAUGUUUUACUCUCAACCAGAACAGGCACAUAAGAAAAAAUCAAAGGUUUCUAGUCUAAGGCAGGCACUGGCAAAAAGACUAUCACCAAAGAAGUUUCAGACCAAGUCGUCACAGAGUCCUGAGGAGUUUGAACUAUCAGAUUUAGAAGCACGCAGGCAAAGGCGCCAACACAAAUGGGAGGAUGUCUUUAAUCAGCAUGAAGAAUUGAGACAAGUCACAAAAGAAAAAGAAGAGGAGUCAUCAGACAAUGAUGAAGUAUUUCAUUCAAUUCAGGCUGAAGUACAAAUAGAACCAUUGCAGCCAUAUGUCCCAAAUCCUAAAGGAAAUGAGGUUCAAGAAAGAUCUAACUCUAUGCCUUACAGCCAAGACUGUGCACACCAUGCCAAGUUCCCUUUAAGUGUUCCUCAGCGGUCACCUUUGGAACAAGCUCAGAAACCCAUUGAUAUCAGACAAAGGAGUUCACAAAAUCCUCAAAGUUGCCCAGCAGCACCAGAAUCAUCUUCUGAAGAGGAGAGUCCUGUGACUGGGAGGAGGUCCCAGUCAUCACCACCUUAUUCUACUAUUGAUCAGAAGUUGCUGCUUGAUGUCCAUGUUCCAGAUGGAUUUAAAGUAGGAAAAAUAUCACCCCCCGUAUACUUGACAAAUGAAUGGGUAGGCUAUAAUGCACUCUCUGAAAUCUUCCGGAAUGAUUGGUUAACUCCUGCACCUGUCAUUCAGCCACCUGAAGAGGAUGGUGAUUAUGUUGAACUCUAUGAUGCUGGUGCUGAUACUGAUGGCAAUAAUGAUGAUGAUGUUUAUGAAGAUUCCUAUGACCAAGACAAUGACAAUGAUGGCUUCAAUAACCAGAUUGAUCAGGUUUAUGAUAUCUGCAAUGAUCAUGAUGAUAAUGACAACUAUGAAACUGUUGAUGAUGAAGACAAUAGUCGUGAUGAAGAUGCUCAUUGGCCAAGGCCAAGCUAUGUCAGAGGUGGAAGAGGUAGAAGCUACAAACAAGAUGACAGAGAUGGAAGUGGUGGAAGAGAAGGAGCCUGUAGAGGCUAUGGAAGCCAAAGAACUAGUAGAAAUCAUGGAGGAAGUGCAACCAGUGUGGUCAGUGCAGCCUUUGGCGACCAUGAAGGACAUGGAGCCAAUAUAGGCAGUAGAAGAAGAGGCAGGAGUAAUAGAGGUAAGGGACUUAGUGGAACCAGUGAAGACAGUGGAACCCAUGGACUCAGAAGAGGAGAAAAUUGCUCAGAGGCAUGUGGUCCAGGAUGGGAAAGACAAGCAUUCCAGAACCGUGAACAUCAACAGGAGGUGCCAAAUGGUGGAAGUGAGGCCUCAAAUGCUAGUGCUUCCAGCACUGCACCCCCAGCACCUGAUGAUGAGAAUGACAGUAAGGAUGUAUCCGAAUCAUCAACAAAAUCAGAUUUUUCUGCCAGCCAUUCAUUUCCUUCCAAAGAUUCUGGUAGGGCUGGAAAUGCUGACUUUGCCAAUGCCAUCUCAUAUGCCGGAUUAGUGGAAGUACCUGAGAAACUACCUAAGCAACCUUCUGAUGUCAAUGUUAACCCACCCUAUGUCUCGCCUGCAUGUAAAAAACCACUAAUCCACAUGUAUGAUAAGGAAUUCACUUCUGAGAUCUGCUGUGGAUCUUUGUGGGGAGUGAAUUUGCUGUUGGGAACCCGAGCUAAUCUGUAUCUGAUGGACAGAAGUGGAAAAGCAGACAUUACUAAACUUAUAAAACGAAGACCAUUCCGUCAGAUUCAAGUUCUAGAGCCACUCAAUUUGCUGAUUACCAUCUCUGGCCAUAAGAACAGACUUCGGGUAUAUCAUUUGACCUGGCUUAGGAACAAGAUUUUGAAUGAUGAUCCAGAAAGUAAAAGAAGGCAAGAGGAAAUGCCUACAAUAGAAAAAGCCUGCAAAGCUAUUGACAAGUUGACAGGCUGUGAACACUUCAGUGUCCUCCAACAUGAAGAAACGACAUAUAUUGCAAUUGCUUUGAAAUCUUCAAUUCAUCUUUAUGUGUGGGCACCAAAGUCCUUUGAUGAAAACACUGCCAUUAAAGUAUGCAUUGAUCAAUCAGCAGACUCCAAGGGAGAUUACAUGUCCUAUGAAACCUAUAUUCGAAUACUGGCAAAAAUACAGGCAGCUGAUCCAGUGAACCGGUUUAAGAGACCAGAUGAGCUCCUUCAUUUGCUGAAGUUUAAGGUAUUUCCAACACUUGGCCAUAAGCCAGUGACAGUUGACCUGGCUAUUGGUUCUGACAAAAGACUAAAGAUUUUCUUCAGCUCAGCAGAUGACUAUCACAUCAUUGAUGCAGAAUCUGAGGUUAUGUCUGAUGUGACCUUGCCAAAUAACCCCCUGGAAAUCAUUAUACCACAGAAUAUCAUCAUUCUACCUAAUUGCUUGGGAAUUGGCAUGAUGCUCACCUUCAAUGCCGAAGCCCUUUCUAUGGAAGCAAAUGAACAACUCUUCAAGAAGAUCCUUGAAGUGUGGAAAGACAUACCAUCUUCCGUAGCCUAUGCGUGUACACAGCGAACCACAGGAUGGGGUCAGAAGGCCAUUGAAGUGCGCUCUUUGCAAACAAGCAUUCUGGAAAGUGAGCUGAAGCGCAGGUCAAUUAAGAAGCUGAGAUUCCUGUGUACCCGAGGUGACAAGCUGUUUUUUACCUCUACUCUGCGCAAUCACCAUAGCCGUGUUUACUUCAUGACCCUUGGAAAACUUGAAGAGUUCCAAAGCAAUUGUUGUGUUUAA